AUGGCUGUUACUGCUCUCAACAGCUAUUCCGAAUUCCAAUCUCUUAUCAACUCGGGCGACUUCGUUAUAAUCGACUUUUGGGCUGUAUGGUGUGGUCCUUGCCGAUUCAUCAGCCCAGUCUUUGAAAAGCUGGCCUCCGACGCGGACUUCAGUAGGAUCAAGUUUGUCAAGGUUGAUGUUGACCAACAGGAGGAAAUUUCCCAAGAAUGUGGAAUCAGAGCCAUGCCAACCUUCAUGGUCUUUAAAGAUGGUCAAAAGCUGGACGAAUUAACGGGUGCUGAUCCAAAUGGCCUGGAAAUGCUUGUUCGGAAGUAUGCAUAA